GCCGUGCCGCCGCCGCGGGGUGGGAGGGGGGGGUGUGGGUCCGUCGGUCCGGGCUCCCCCCCGCUUCCCCGCGGGUCUCCGGCGGCGGGCCGGGCCGGGCGGGGGCGCGCGCGGCGGCGUGUCGGGAGCGCGCCGCAGGCAGGCAGGGAGGCCGGCGGCGGAGGGAUCCCGGCGAGCGGUGCUGCGGCCGGGCCGGGUGAAUGGGAUUGAAGAAGAGUUGAGCUUCUCGGCUUGUUUUUGUGUCACAGUUUCUCUCCUCCUGCGCCUCUCCGGCUUCGUGCCUCCCUCCCCGCCCGCCCCCUCCUCCCCGCCGCAGGAGGAGCCCCCCGCGGAGAGGGGGAAGGAAAAGGACCCCACAGAGGCGAGAGCGAGCGAAGAGGAGGAGGAGGAGAAGGGAGCAACCUACCAUCUUCCACUCCCCGCUUAGCUUAAAGAAAGUGAGAGGAGGAGAGAGAGAGAGGCGCCCAGAAGAGGGGGACAGGGAGGCCCGGAGGAGCGGCGGCGCCGGCACCCUCCCCCUAUGAAGAAGAGUCCUCCCCCUCACAGAGAGGUCCUGCCAGGGGGACCCGGGCCGGCCCGCAGCAGCACCGCCGCCGCCAGCAGGCGCCGGGAAAAUUCCGUUUCUUCUGCAACUUGUUAUUCUGGAGCCCGGGCCUGCCCCCCUCGCCCUGGGGCUGCCCUUCCCGCACAGGAGGGUGUAGAGAGCUGAAGGGAAUAACUUUCUCAAAACUGUGCUGGUGUUAAAGAGGAAACCAGAAACUAAAGGCACUGGAAUCAGCAAAGACGCUCGUAGAGAAAGUGGAGAAGGUAGAGGAUGGAGCUGCAGACUCUACAGGAGGCUCUGAAAGUGGAAAUUCAGGUUCACCAGAAAUUGGUUGCCCAAAUGAAGCAAGAUCCACAGAAUGCUGAUUUGAAGAAACAGCUUCAUGAACUUCAAGCCAAAAUCACAGCUCUGAGUGAGAAACAGAAAAGAGUGGUGGAACAACUCCGAAAGAAUUUGAUAGUGAAGCAGGAACAGCCAGACAGUAAGUUUCAGAUCCAGCCAUUGGCACAGUCAGAAAACAAACUACAGACCCCACAGCCACAACCACUACAACAGCUACAGCAACAUCACCAUCAACAGCAGCAGCAGUCCACUGCACCCUCUCCUAACGUGAUUGGAUCACAGAAAACUGUAACUACAGCUUCUAUGAUCACCACUAAGACACUACCUCUCGUCUUGAAAGCAGCAACUGCGACCAUGCCUGCCUCUGUUGUGGGUCAGAGACCUACCAUUGCCAUGGUUACUGCUAUCAACAACAAUCAGAAAGCAGUCCUCAGCACUGAUGCGCAGAGUGCACCAGUCAACCUCCAGACAACAAAUAAGGUCACUGGGCCAGGACCUGAGGCAGUCCAAAUAGUGGCAAAAAACACAGUAACUUUGCAGGUUCAGGCUACGCCUCAACCCAUAAAAGUGCCGCAGUUCAUCCCUCCUCCCAGACUUACUCCUCGUCCAAAUUUUCUUCCACAGGUUCGACCUAAACCAGUUGCCCAAAAUAACAUUCCUAUUGCCCCAGCACCUCCUCCAAUGCUUGCAGCUCCUCAGCUUAUUCAGAGGCCUGUGAUGUUGACAACAAAGUUCACACCCACCUCGUUACCUAACUCUCAGAACUCCAUACAUCCAGUUCGUGUAGUUAACGGGCAGACAGCAACCAUAGCCAAAACUUUCCCUAUGGCACAGCUCACCAGCAUCGUGAUAGCAGCACCAGGCACCAGGCUUGCUGGACCUCAGACUGUACAGAUCAGCAAACCAAACGUUGAAAAACAGACUAUUAAGCCACAUGUGGAAGCAGAAGAGAAGCAAACAGAAAGUCAUACAGUUACUCCACCUGCUGCACCGAAGCCAAAACGAGAAGAAAAUCCACAGAAACUUGCCUUCAUGGUGUCUCUUGGACUAGUUACUCAUGACCAUCUGGAAGAAAUCCAAAGUAAGCGACAAGAGAGGAAAAGAAGAACAACAGCAAAUCCAGUGUACAGCGGAGCCGUUUUUGAGCCUGAGCGCAAGAAGAGUGCAGUCACGUACCUAAACAGCACAAUGCAUCCCGGGACACGUAAAAGAGGUCGUCCACCUAAAUACAACACGGUGCUGGGGUUCGGGGCUUUGACCCCCACAUCCCCUCUGUCCAGUUAUCCUGACUCCCCUGAAAAUGAAAAGACAGAGACCACAUUUACUUUUCCCGCAGCUGUUCAGCCUGUGUCCCUGCCUAGCCCCAGCUCCACAGACGGCGAUAUCCAUGAGGAUUUUUGCAGUGUUUGCAGAAAAAGUGGGCAGUUGCUGAUGUGUGACACAUGUUCACGUGUUUAUCACCUGGACUGUCUGGACCCACCUCUGAAAACCAUUCCCAAGGGCAUGUGGAUCUGUCCCAAAUGUCAAGACCAGAUGCUAAAGAAGGAAGAAGCAAUCCCAUGGCCAGGAACUUUAGCAAUUGUUCAUUCAUAUAUUGCAUAUAAAGCAGCGAAAGAAGAGGAAAAGCAGAAAUUGCUUAAAUGGAGUUCAGAUUUAAAACAGGAAAGAGAACAGCUAGAGCAGAAGGUCAAACAGCUCAGCAAUUCUAUAACAAAAUGCAUGGAAAUGAAGAAUACCAUCCUUGCAAAACAGAAGGAGAUGCACAGCUCCUUGGAGAAGAAAAUGAGCCAGCAGCUAACAGCCCAAUACUCAGGAGAAACUGCCUUUUUGGCCAGGUUGUUCUCUAGUUGGCCACUUGGGUAAUUCUUAACAUCAUCUUCUGAAGCAUCAAGCACCUUCCCGAGACAGCUGUGAGAAGCAGCAUGAUCAGCAUUCAGAAGGACCCAGAGCGAGAUCUCCCUCUCAGUCCCACCAGGCUGUGGCAGCCCACAGUACAGGGAGUAGACUCUGAAAUUCCCUUCCCAUGUGGAUGCAGUGGAAAAUGUUUGUGAAUUCGCAGUGCACAUGUUUCUCUUCCUUUUUUUCCCAGCUGGGUUGCACCCUGCCCUCUUUGCUUCUGAAGCACUGAUGGCGAAGACGUGUUUUUCAAUGAGACAUGUUUUUAAAAUAUCAUAUUCCUAUGUCAAACCAAAAUACACUCUUUUACUGUGGGCCUCAGUUAGCUGCUCAGAUAACCACUGGAACACCGAUAUUGCACUUCCUUGUGGACCAUGCCCCUUCGGGCAGAAUUUGUUGUGUCUUUCAGAACUGUUUUGACCUUUCUUCACCUCCAUUUGUCCUCCCUUGGGAUUCUGAAGAUCCAGGGCAAGUUCAACCUUGCUGGGUUACUCCAGAGAUUUCUGACAAGUGUGUAGAAGAGUCAGGAACCAGGAGGAAGAGGAAGAUGUUUUGUCGUGCAGCUAAUUCAUUUGGCAUGUAGGCUUCCCCAGCCAACAAACUACCUCAGCAAAGGCCAUUCCCAAGCAUUCUGUGGAUUCUGUAGCUUGUGGCAUUCAGAAGGCAAAAGGUCUUCUCUGAAGAACCCUUCCAGCAUCCAGCUAGGUACUGGUCUCUGGGGGCAUGUGGGCGAGUUUCACAGUGGCACUGUUGGAUCCUUGUUUUCAGGCAUCAGACCUGGACCAGGGAAUGCCCUGAAAAUCAGGUGGGUUCAGGAAAACACCAAGGCUGCAGACAUCUUGUCUCCAGCUUAUUGCCGUCUCACUUAUUGCCUUCUUUAAGCAUCAGUCCUGUUUGUAACACCUACAGAAUGGAAUGUAAUACUUGAAAAAUAUGGCUCACUUUACCAUUAGCUCCCAUUUCCCCCUUGUUUAUCUUUUAUCUGGGACAAGAACUUUCUGCAUCAUGUGUCUUGUAUAGGCUGAGCACAUAGUUGAAACUUGCCAAUAAAUAAAAUUAUUUAUGCCAUGCACUGGUAAGCUUGGUAAUUAUAGACCCAUGAAAAGACGAACACCUCUCCUAGAGGUUAAUUUAAGAUGUGGGCUUGUUUCAGAAAGCCAAGACCUUACCUGUGUGAGGGUCUGUCUGUAUCUGCAGUCAGUAUUACUGAAUGGAACACAGGCCUUGAGAGCAUCAGUGCUGUGAAAGUCACUGUGCUGUGCCCAUCCCUGGAGUGUAUCGUGUGAGAACAGCCAGGCCGGGUGGGUGCUGCAGGGGCACGCGAAAGGACAGAAGCCUCUUUUGAAAAGUGAGGGCAGUGAGAAGGGGCACAGGGCUGGAGACAGGGGAAAGGAGAGGAGGAAGCAGGAGGAGCAGAGUUAAAAAAGAUUACAUGAAGUAAAGCAGAGCAGAGGAAAGAAAUGGAAAGAGAUGAGAAGGAGGGAAAGUGAGGGUAGCAAAAAUUCAGGAAUGAAAUGGGGCUCUGUUGUGAGGACACAGGUAUUCCUGCAGUUAGAGGGUUUGAAAUUUCAGUGGAAAGACUAGAACAAAAAGGCUUUGUAUCCUACCUCUGUUUCUGACUUGGGUUGAUCUGUAUUCCAAAAAGACCAAGGGCAGUGGGAAAAAAGAGCUGCUCGGCUGCAGGUGGGGAAGGAAGCGGGCAUCAAGUCAUCCCUAGCUCUGCCCUGCUGCCAAGUGAUUCCCAUCCUGACGAGAGCCUUUUUUGACUUCUGUGCUACCACAUCGGAUGUGGCAGAACAAGCAGACCUUGGGGCAGACAGAGCCUGCUCUCAUCUGGACUGCAUUAAUUAAGAAUUUUCUUGGCUAGAAAUAUUCCCAAGACUAGUUAAAGGUUCAGCUCUGCCAGUGUUAUUGCACCUACCUAGUCUGGUGUCAUGAUCAGCCCAUUUUAAACCAGUGUCAGCUUCCAGAGGUCCUGGGUCCUGAGCGAGCAGAGGACAUGUUGUGGGGCAGGACCUGUGACUCCAGUACUUCUCGGCCACCUCUUGGGAGCAUCUGUGCAAGUUUCCUGCUCUCUGGGCUAUUGCGUCUGACAUUCCUGUGCCAAAACCCCUCUGUGCAGCAACACCUCCCUGAUUUCUGAGGCUCUGGUUCAUCUAGGGACAUGUGCAAAGGGGCACUUCGCCCAUGCAGCCAGACAGGGGCAUGUGGUGGGUUUAAGGUAACCCUUCAGGAGCUGAGGACCUGUGUCAAGGCUACAUUAAGCAGCAGCCCGUGGGGCACCCUCCUGGGAGAGCAGCUAUCCCAGCUCCUGUGUGUUAGCAGGGAGUAAGCUCUGUGUCUGUUCUUCUUCACUCUGCAGUAUCCAAGCAGGUGUCAAAUGCUUCAGACAGAGAAACUCAGCCCAAUUCCUCUCAAGGAAGGAAGUACUUAAGGCCAUGUUUACUAUCAGGAGUGCCUGGGGAACUCAAAACCCAUAUAAGCUUGGGUUUGUCUGUCCUGGGUAGAGAGGUGGAACAGAAAGGCAGCGAGCAGUGAGCAGUAUCAGUCUGCUGGCACCCAGCAGAGUUUGCACCACCUGAGGAAUUUGCAUCUUUUUUCUUUUUCCUAAAUUUACACUUGCAAAUGUAGACCUCAACAAAUUACUGCCCCUUUGUCACCUGCCUUCUUUUAUCUGUUGUUGGAAAAGCAAUGAAGUUUUGUUGCAUCUGAGCUUCGAGAAAGACCUUUUCUCAGUGAGCAGCCAGAAUGGCCUUGGGGAUGUAGGUCAAGCAAGGAAGGGAGGCAGUGGCUUUUACCCGAGUCCAGGGCUGGCACAGGCCAGCUCCUGGGACUUGUUCAGUGACCACCCUUGAUUUUAGAUCCCCAGUGCUGAGGGUUGAUAGUGCAGCAGCACUGGGAAGAUGCUGUGCAUGUGCAAGCAAGGGUAGGGGCUCCCCUUGCUUGUUAUCCAGAUCUUGGGGCAUGCCAAAAUUGAGGGGGAAGUUCACUUAAAAAAGACAGAAAUCCCUUUGUGCCUCGCAUUCCCCUCUGUAAAGCUGGUGCUGGCAGUUCUGACGCUGCGAGAGCUGUUUCUCGUGGUCUGCGGGCACUGGGAACAGGCACUGUUGAAAGAAGAGGUAGAGUCGUGUUCCGUGCUGGGUGCGGCAGGAGGCUGCGUGUGUCUGCUCGUUCUGGCCUAAUGUGUAAUUUCUAAUCAUAGUCUCAUAUGUUUAAUUGUCACUGGCAACAAAACAGUAGUUGACGCUAGAGCCAGGACUUGGGUCUUACCCAUCAGCUCUCCCUUCCAGAAGGUAUGUUGUCUCUGACUCGUUCCUGAUGCCAUAUGUGACAAGGCAGCCAAGACCCUCCUUAAGGAGAGGUUCUGCCACCGCAUAAGCCCCUGGGGCUGAGGCAGCUUCCCGGCAGCCCCACACAACCAGAUCCAGCAGGCAAUCGUGUCCCAGCAGCUGCUUUGUUCCAGUUACAGCUGCAGGGCUGCCCCGAGCACCCUCUUACCCUGGCAGAGGUGUCUUGGCUGCCUCUCCUAGUCCCACAGAAGCAAAGCACAGGUUGCAAACUCCAUUAAGCAAAGACUAAGCACCGUAACUGGCAAGGGAGGAGACUGCUAGUGGCAACCUGUUCAGGGUCCUGUGGAGGAAGGAAACGACUUUUCUGAAUCAACAGCAGCGGAGCCAGUGGUGCAGACAAGCAGUGGUGAGGUGCUGCUUGCCUGGGAGCUCUGGUGCAGUAGUGGACUUCCCAUGUGGUGUUUUGUCUCUUGGGGACUGACUGGCUCUAAUCUGCAAAUACCCGCCGUGUCGUCUGCAGCUGAGGGCAGGUGGGUUGUGAAGGCAGCUCAGCUUGUGUAGAGAAAAUACUCAGGCCUCAAUCUCAUCGUCACGUUCCUGCAAUUGUGCCGGCACCAUCUCAGUAGACUUGUUGACACCACCACUCCGCCUGCGUGCUGUGCUUCCUCCAGUCCCUCCACACCCUCAGCAUUUUACCGGAGACUAAGCUGUGAAGUGAGAGUCCUGGCUUGGGGUCAGACCAGGAGCUGACACUGAAGGGUGCGGUGUCCGAGCCCCGGUCCCUCCCCAGCCUGCCCAAGUUCUCCAGGUGCUUCUGGUGAACAACCCCCAGUUCUGGUGGCGCAGCCUCCUGCAGCUGCAGGCUGGUGCUGCCAGGGGACGGUGGCAGCUCUUCUCCCAGCCCAGCAAAGCCGUGGCUCUGCCUUGUGUCAGCUGGUGCCACCUGUGCUGCCCCUCUGCCAUCCUUGCAGGCCCUGGUGUAAAAUGCCCUUUCUGACCGGUAUCGCUCUGUUGUCACAGAACCACACCAUGAGAACACUGACUCGGGAGCUGGUUUGGGUUUUUUAAAUAUCUCUAUUUUUUUUAGCCUGAUGCUCAUAGUGAUCUGCAGUCUCUUUGCUGCCUUCAAGUCCCUUGUGGUUUCAGUUUUGGUACAAAUGUGUUUAGAUUUUAGCAAAUUAAAGUUGGGGGGAGGGGAACAGAGCAUCUGAUCAAUUUGUAUUUAUUUAUUUUAACAUUUUACUAAAUAAAACACAAUAAAAAUG